CGUCAUAAUAAACGUGUUUUAUUAGCUUAUGCCAUGCAACGUAGGAACGCAAUCUUAGACGCAUACUGGGCUUCAUCAGGUUCAAUACCCAACACGCUUUCAGCUUCUUCAACCAAUAUCACAUCCACGACCAUCUCAUCCACAUCAACGGUCUCAGACCCGAUUUCAAAAGUCUUAACACCAUCCGAAUUAGAUUACCUAAGAUCACAUUCGAAUCUAGUGAAUGAUCUUUCAAGACCAUACCAAGCUUAUACGAUCAAUCUCUUGGGUAACCUUUCAAGAGGUCCUCCUAAAGAUUUGUUUAUUCAAGUUGAAUGUAUAAAAGAAUUGGGUGAAGUCUCGAUUGGGGAUGGGGGUGGAAUGAUUCAGUUUGAGUUGGGGUCUAGGUAUUUUGUGAAACGUGGUGAAGUUGAAAGGUUAAUUGAAGGUGGUUGGUUGAAAGAAAUUGAAAAUUCUUGA